AUGAAAGCAACCUCUGAGGGGGAAAAAGUGCCUGAUUCCAAACUAAAAAAUGGAGACAAUGCAGAGGAGGAGGAAGAAUUUGAAGUGGAGUCAUCAGAUAAAGAAGAUGCAAAGCCAAACCCUAGAGACAGCAAAAGGACUGUGGUUAGGAGAGAUGAGAUAACAGACAAGGGAGACACAUGGAACCUGCCAGAGGCUGGUGCAUUUGUCACCUUUCCCCCAAGAUUUGUGGAAGAACCCUUGUGGAUCUCUUGUUCCUUGUGGAGUCCUAAGUCCCUCUCUCCUCCCAUAGGCAGUAAUGAGCUCUUAGUGAGCAAUGUGAUUGAACUAUCUCAUGAUGGCCCACCAACUCUAGAGUCUAUAGAUGAUGCUACAGAAAGCAUAACUGUUGGUUUGUUGCACAGUGCCUCUGAUUUCAAGGGAUAUGAGGUGGUUAUUAAGAAGCUGGUUGACCCAGAAAACAAUGAGUGGGAUGAUUUGGAAUCAAAAAUGAUGUGGAAUACUGCAG